GUCCACAAACCGAAUCGGGCCAAAGCCGACCUGGCAAUACUCGAACACUGAGUACAUGCAGACGUACACUACAGAUGGCGGACUUCCGAGCAAAGGACUGAAGGCAGCCAGAUGGUUUGACAACUCUGUGCUCCAAUACAACGGCAUGGGCCAGCCCCAACUGCCUCCAUCUGGUGUUGGCGCGCGCUUGGCAGAAUCUUCUGCCUUCUCAACAUCCUGGGUGCAGCGAGCUGUAAACACGAGCCUCCUGUGCAAGGAGGCUGGGUGCACGGCCACUUCGAAGCUGCAAGUCUUUGACCCGCAGCAGGAAGAAGCCCAGCUUUGCAGGUUGACAAUCGAAGUACACCCGACUGACUAUGACAACACUUGGAGCAAGGAGUUCGUGCGAAUUUGGAAGGUCAACGAGCACUUGGCCACUGCCAAGUGCGAUCCACAUGCGCUCGGCUGCAAUGCAUCCGCAUGGCGGCCGUUGGUGCCAUGCUUGCAGGAUCUGAGCGUUGACAACCUUCUAGCAGAAACAGGCUCGCUGGUGAUCGAGGGAUCCAUCAACAAGAUGGUAGAUGAGUGCCCCUACCAGGGCUACCUCUUGAAUGGAGUGGCCGUGGUGACUUGCAUGGCUCGCAAAAAGGUGGCUUUGCACGCGGUUGCUGCCCCCCAUGCAGGGCAAGGAGGAGCUCCCAGCAAUUCGCGAGUCAGGGCUUCCGACCUGUCGGAUGCAGACCUGCAGCGAACGCUGAUUGCAGCGGGGGUUAGUGGAGCUGGCUUGAGUGCAGCUGGCUUGGGUAGAGGUGGCUCAAGUGGAGGUGGCUUCACUGGAAAUGGCUUGCGCUUCGCGCACUUGGGUGAUCUAUUGGGCAACGAGAAUGCCGGAAAUGGCGAGGGUUCGUUAGGCUCCUCGGGCGCGGCGGGCGCGGCUGGUGCUGGUGAGGGUCUUCUAGGCGCCGCAGGUGGUGGAGCUGUGCGUGGGCCGGGCCUGGGAAAUGAAACUGCAGCGGCGAGUAGCAAUGCAGUUGCAGCUCUGCUGCGCAACGGCGCUGCCGGGCUUGAUGAUGCAACACUUGCCGCUGCCGGAUUGAACAGUUCGGAGAUUGCCAAGCUGCGAGCGAACAUUCUGGCGGAUGCGCUAGCCCCUGGAUCCGUCCUCUCCAACACCACCAGCAUGAAGUGCUGUGAGCCUGGCUGUGCUGUCAGGUCUGAGAUCAUUGUCGACCCUAUCUUCUUGAGGGCUGGCGCGACCUGCUUGAUGAACUUCACAGUUGUGCAGACAGACUUCGACGAAGCGGUCGGCAAUGAUGUUGAGAGAAUUGAGUUCAUACACAUUGAGGGCGCUGGCAAUAUCAGCCAGGGAGUGAAGCCAGGAAGGAACCCUUGCACGGAAGAGUUCAGCACAGGAAAGACAGUGCCAAUGGAGGAUCGUGUAUUCACAGUGAUAGCAAACCGCAACGUCACAGCGGCGAUACUGGCUCCACCAGUUGGAAUGCUUGUUGUUGACAGCAAGAUCUCUCCGCAGGUCGAUGACUGCGCAGCUGACGGCGUCCUCUUUGACAGCCAAGUUACGGUUUCCUGCAAGCUUCCAGAGAAGAGCUGA